AUGUUGGCCCCGCCGCCUUCUCGCGCCCCCGCCCCACUCCGCCCCGCGCACGUAAUUGACAGCUGCGGCCCGCGGCGCGCGUGCGCAGGCCGCCUGGGAUUGUUCGAUUGCGUAAUCGGUACCCGAAGGGCCCCGCCCGCCGCGCGCCUUGCAGCUCGAGAGAAACUGAGGCUCGGGCGGGAAUUGUUCUGGGUUCCGGCACUCGGAAGGGAUGGCCCUGCACCUUCCGUGCUGCUCGAAGCAAGUCACUGCCACGCCUGA